UUUUUAAUUCGUUUUUUCCUCAUUUUUCGCCCCAUUCGUUGUUGAAAAUGCAUUCAACUUCAGGGUUGGCCCCCGUUUUUCGUGUGGAGGAAAAUCAUAUGAUUCGGAAUCGAGAGAAUUUGGAGAGACCUAUCUCCAAAAAAGGCACCAUCACGCUUUUGUCGAAAAUGCCGAUGGGAUUCGUGUUGAAUAGUUGCUCUUGUGCUUAUAUCGACAAUCUUCUUGCUCAUAGCAGUAUUCAUCGUGUGAAACCUCACUCGUUCAUGAUUCAGCGUCUCGUAGUCAUUUGUGGUCGUUCAUCACCAUCAUUGCCAAAUCAUGCAGCCAAUAUCAUUCUCUCUGCAUUCAAUUUCUGUCAAAUCGAAGCACCGGCGAAAAAGUUUCUUGAAGAAGACGCUGCCCUUAGUCUUUUUCACACUAUACUCUCCUAUUCGACAGUUACACAAAUUAAUCGAAGCGGAAUAGAGAUUCUUGGAGCUCAACGUCUCACUUCGGCUCUCUGUGAUUUGAUUUAUGCAUACACGAAGACCAUGGAUGAUAUGGUUGCCAGCAAGACAUUGACCCAUUUGUGCAAGAAACUAGCCGGUUUAUUCGAUCCUCUGGUGGUCCUUCCGUUUAUCAGCAAGCUCGCCAAGAGCCGGCGUCUUCGUCACUAUCUUCAGCCUUUGUUCCUUGGUCACUGUGAAUAUACAUCUGAUACGUGGGGCGUCUCUCCGGAAGGUGCUGAAAUAUACAAUCAAAUUGCACGUGGCAACUUCACAACACAAACUUUGAUAGAAAUAGUACAGACAUUUCUGGAGAAAGAAGUGAAAGAAGUUAUCAUCAGUUCGACUACCGAUCCAAUCAAACUUGUACAAUAUCUGAUAUCGUGUUCCAACCCGGACAACACUGAAAUUGUUCAAGCACUGGCCUUCCUUCUCUACUCGAAUACUAAACUAUUACCAGCUGGAAGUGGUGGGACAAUUGACAUGGAUGUUCAGGCGGCUGAUACGAUUACAACUGCCCGGCUCGGUGAUACAAAGUUCACUCAACCUGUGAAGGAUGCAUUGCUUGAUUCUGGAAGAGAGGCUCUGCUCAGGCGAAUGGAGAUUUACGGAGUAUCGCUGUUGUCUUCUGUUGAAAAUUUUGUCACCGAAUUGAAACAGGCACCAAUUCAGAAAAAAAUGGUGACUAACAAUUCAGUUGCAAAUGCCAUUUUAUACAUGCUUCAGUACAAUUUUGACAUGUCUCGAGAUAUUGAAAAUGGAAGACAGGAUAAUUCGCCGUUUUGGGGUGGUAGCAAUUUUGUAAUUGGCAUCACACGAUUCGUAGAGGAACAGCAAGCGGCUGUGCGAGAUAUGGAAGGAUUCUCGGAUUGGUAUCCUGAUAUCAAUUGGGUCGAAGUUAUCAAAGAGUUUGAUUCUGAAGAAUUUGCAAUCUGUCGUCAAACCAUUAUCAUGUUUGCUGAUAUCUUUCCGAUAAUGUUUCAGCCGCAGAAUUUCCCAGUUUCAUUUUUCCUCACACCAUGGAGAUAUUAUGAUCAUCAACUUCGCUUAUUCGAGUUUAUGAUCGAGUAUGCCGAUGUAUGGAAUAUUUCUCAAUAUCCACACACAAAAGUGCUCACUCCGGAUCUAAAUUUGAAAACAAUUCCCGACGAUUCUACAUCAGUUGUUCAAUUAUGGAAUUGUCAAGAAUUUAGUAAUUGUUUACUCACUAUUGCCAAUUCGCAACCCUCGCUGUACAAUGCUAUUAAACAAUUUUACAAUGUUGGAUCCAUGCAAGCUGGUGAUGUAUCCAUGCUUGCUCUGAUUUUAUCACCAACACAAUGGACUACUGGCCGUCAAGAUUUGAUCAGACAUUUUCUGCCAUCUUUUAUUCUCAAGAGUCCAAAUGUGACUCCAGUUUUAAAUUUGGUGUGGAAUGAUACCAGCCUUUCAAAACACAUGCGCCAACAUGUUAUAUAUUGUCUCACUUCCAUGCACGCUGCAGAUAGCUCACAACUUGCGAAAAUUCUUGAUGUGGCUCACGACAUAAAGCCAACUGGACUAUCCGAGUUGCUCAACCAAGCGCCGAAACAUCUUGCGUUCAUGGUUGAUCUCGCAUGUCUAGCUUCCAAACGAGACUACUUGAACCUGGAGAAAUGGAUUGAAGAUAAAGAGAAAGCCCAUGGUGAAGCUAUGACUGUCGCUGUCCUGCAGUUUAUUCAAAAGAAAUAUCAACAUGCUCAAUUGGUAGCCGCUAUUGCUCCAAAAACACAAGCAACGACGCCAGGUGCACCGUCUGAACCGCUCCAAGUUCUUAUACCGUUCGUGAGCAAACGAGCGAGGAAACCGUUGCGACAGCAGUUUCCACUUGUGUUCCAGGUAAUGAAAGAGAACUCGGGUAGAAGUUCGUCAGUAUCUUCUGGCGGACACGUACAACAGAGUAGUGGUUCACAACCACAACAGCAGCAGUUUGGCGGCGGCUCCGGACUUCCACCAUCCGGUGUCGUUCCUGUUCAGCAACAACCACAACAACCACCUUCUCUACAGCAACAACAUUCCCAACAAAGUCUUCCUACUCCACCAACAACGUCACAACAGCAGAUUCAUGUCCAACAGUCUGUUCCUGGGCCAAUUCAGCGACCGGCUCAGUUUGCACCACAGCCAAUGUUCCCACCGCAGGCUCAGGCACAACAUCAGCAUCAGCACAUGAUGGGUCAACCGCCACCAUCAUCACAAAAUGCUCAGCCUGGAAUGAAUCUCUUGAUGAAUAUGAGUCCUUUUGCAUCUGGUAACAACAGGGAUUUGCUCAAAGUUGUUCAACCUGCACCACCUCCUCCAUCAUCAAUGUCUCCGUCGACACAAAUGAUGAGAUCUUUGAUUCCACCACUUACUCAACGGCAGAAUUCAAACUCUGGCUGGCAUGCUGCUCCGGCACCACAAAGACCAUCCGGACCACCAACGCCACAACAGCAAAUGGAUUUUCGCGGUCAGAUUCAAGAGUUUGCACCGCAGGGACCUCAUCAAUUGCAACGAAGCGGAAGUGUCACCGGCAGAUCUAUGGGAAUUGUUGGACAGAAAACUUCAUCGAAUUUUUCAGUGGGAGCCCCUAUUCCUGGAAGCGCAGCAGCCACCGCUGCUGCUGCAGCAAACGUUCAGCAACCAAUGAAUGAGGACUUCCAGUCAAUGACAUUUGCGGAAGAUAUUCAAGAAGAAGCCAAUUCGUAUUUCGAGAAGAUCUACAGUGUAAAUAAUGCGAUGUCAGUGGAAAAUUUGAUCGACCUGUUGAAGCGAUUCCGAGUAUCAAAUGAUCGUCGAGAGCGUCUCGUUCUUGCAUGCGUUGUUAAGAAUUUAUUCGAGGAGUACAGGUUUUUCCAUGAGUAUCCUGAAAGGGAGCUCCGAACAACAGCUGCUGUUUAUGGAGGAAUCAUUCGCGAGGAUAUUAUUUCUAAUGUUCAAUUUGCCACUGCCGUUCGGAAGGUCAUUGAAAGUCUAAGCGCCGACCCGAAUACUAUGCUCUGGACAUUUGGAAUCGUAGCUCUUCAACACUGUCGAAGCAAACUUUGUGCUUAUCCAAAGGUGUGCCAAAUGAUCGUGAGUAGCGAAAACUUUGCACGGUUCCCACAGCUAUUGAAGGACUAUGUCAUCGCUGGUGUCAAAGGAGAACUUCCUCCAGAAGGUGGCCGUCACACUCCUGUUGGAUCUGCUCAAGCCGGAUCUGCUUCUUCAACACCAACACCAGCGGCUGCUCCAACCAACUGGGGAGCUGUCGCGCGUGCGGCAUCGGUUGAUCCCAAAAAUUCCCUUCCCGCUAACCGAACAGGCAAUGUCCUAUCAUAUACAAAUGUUGAUACUUUGGUAAUGGCAACGAACAAAGAUGGAGCAGAGAUUGCACAACCAGCUGAAGCUAUCGUCGAUAAGAUCUCUUUUCUGUUCAACAAUUUGUCGCAGUCGAACUUGAUUCAGAAGAAAGACGAAGUUGUGGAAAUGAUUUCCGAUCAUGGAGAUGCCUUCACCCUGUGGCUUGCACAGUAUAUUGUGAUGAAGCGAGUGUCAAUUGAACAAAAUUUUCAACCACUGUAUAAUCAGUUUGUCAAUGCCAUCGAAAAUCCCUAUCUCGACCAGUGCAUUAAACGUGAAACUUUCCGAAAUAUCCGAAUUCUCUUACGAACAGACAAAAGGACGACCGUUGCAUCAAAUUACAGUGAUCGACAACUGCUGAAGAAUCUUGGAAGUUGGCUUGGAGCUAUCACAAUUGCAAGAAAUAAACCUAUUCUGCUCAACGAUCUAGAUUUGAAGAGCUUGCUUCUUGAAGCGUACUACAAGGGACAAGCUGAGCUACUAUAUGUAGUUCCAUUCAUUUCCAAAAUUUUGACCGCAUGUUCGAAAACUUCAUUGUUCACGCCUACAUGUGCUUGGAUUCGGAGUAUUUUAAAAGUCCUGGCUGAGCUGCACAAUGAACCGGAUCUGAAAAUCAAUUUGAAGUUUGAAAUUGAAGUGUUGUGCAAAGAGUUGAAUGUGGAUCUCAAUCAGUUGCAAAUGGAUGGAAUUCUCAAGGAUACGGAGAAGCUAGUUCGAGUUCCACAACAAUUAUGUGAUGUUAAACUUCUUACUCGUCCCGAAGCAGCAAGCCCAGUACAAUCUAAGAUUCACAUGUCUGGCUCGGCUGAACAACUCUCUGGAAUGUCACCAGCGAUUCCAGAUCAGGUGAAGCCCGCCACACCACAACCAACAGAAGCCGAGCUUCAAAGUGGCACUGGAGGUGGUGGUUCCCAAGGAGCCGAAGCUCAAGUUGUUCCAAAUGUUACUCACUUUGCCUACCAUGAUAUCAAUGUUCUCACCUAUGACGGUCUCAUUCCACAUGUCAAGAUUGUUUCACAUCUUCCUUUGUUCCAAUUGCAUCCACAUGCUAAACAUCUUGUACGACCAGCCAUGAUUCAUGCUAUCAAAGAGUUAAUAGGACCCGUCACGGAGAGAGCGUUGAAAAUUGCAAUGACUGUCACAGAAUCAUUGGUUCGAAAGGAUUUCGCUUUGGACCCAGAAGAACAAAAUUUGAGAGCUGCAUCAUUCCAUAUGAUGCGUGCGAUGACCGCUGGAAUGGCUAUGAUCACCUGCCGUGAUCCACUUGCGAGCUCAAUGCACUCAAAUUUGGCCAACGCCUUCUCUUCUUCACUUCGCUCGACAGCUGCUAAUCCAGAAAUGAAACAAAUGAUUGAAGAUGCUGCAGCUACAAUCACACAGGAUAACGUUGAAUUGUCCACUAAUUUCAUUGUGAAGACGGCUUGUGAGAAAGCAACUCAGGAUAUCGAGAAGCGCCUCGAGGCUGAUUAUCAGAAGAGAAUCGCUGCAAAGGCCGAAAUGUCAUUUUAUCGGGAUGAAAUCGCUGCAGCUAUUCAUGCCCAACUCCCAAAAGCCAUUGCGACUGUACCAGGUCCAACGGACAAGGCUCUGAUGGGUAUUUACGAUCAGUUCAGUAGCCGAAUCUGCGGGUUCAAAGCGAAUUCUGGUGAAGAUCCAGUUAGCGCUGAGCCAGGAAGUGGCGCAAUCACUCCAGUUCAAACACAGAGCAAGGAAAUGGAACUUGUGUGCCAACAAUUGCAAGUUAUCAUCAAAGAAGUUGACCAAACCACUCAAGCUCAACCUCAUCUGAGUAAUUCUGCAUUCCAAACAGUAUGCUUGAUGCGGGAGUUGAUGCAAAAUGUUAUUAGCACCAAGGACGCUAAUCAUCUCAUGAUUCUCGUCACUCGCAGCACAGAGCAUUUACUCCAUGCUUAUCGACUCGAAGGAACGCCACCAAAGAAUUUGCUUGAUGUCGAAUGGGCUCGCAGACUCCGUGAUCUGUUUAUAGGACUAAUGCGUCUUCUUCAAAACUAUUUCCCAUUGGUUGAAUUGUCUCGACGUAUUACAACAGCGAUCAUGCAAAUACGCUCGGAUUACAAAUGGAACAUGGAGGGAAUCGAGAUACUGUUCAAGCAAAACCUUCUUCAAUCUGUCCUUUGGGAUCAACAUUUAGCCGGAAGCAUGGAUAACGGAGGAAAUAUGGAAGCUGUUUUAUUUGCACAGAAGUUUGUUCGAAGCAUUGGGGGUGGAGAUAUGAGUCGCAUUCAAUUCCUGAAAGAAAGGUUCCCACUUACUUGUGAGCAACUCACAAAACUUCAUCAAUUGCAAUCCGCUACUCGAACAGAAGGAAUGAAUAAUGCAAUGAACAAUGGAGCUGGAAAUGCUGCCCAUCAUCAUGCUGGACUACAACAACAACCCCCAGUUGCUCUUCCGAUGGAAGCUGCGCCAAUGCCACAAGCUUCCGCUGAUGCAAUGGCUCAAAGAGGAUAUGACGACCAAGAAAUGACUGCGAAAGUUGAGAUUAUUAUGCGAGAAUGGAUUGGUCUGUGCUAUUCUCCAACUGGACAAAGAAGUCCACAGGAGUCAUUGGCUCAAAUGAUUCAACUGAUGCACGAACAUGGUGUUCUUGCUACUGACGACAAGAUCACUCAGUUCUUCCGUCUUUGUGUGGAAAAUUGUGUCGAUAUCUCUGUCAGAGUUAUGAAAUCGGAACAACUUGCAAAUGGAUUGCCAACAACCUUGAUUCGUCACCGAUGUUACUACACUUUGGAUGCGUUUGUCAAGUUGAUGGCCUUGAUGAUCAGACAUUCGGAUAACGGACAAUCGCAGAAUAAAAUAAAUUUGCUGAAAAAACUUCUCAACAUCAUCGUUGGAGUGCUUCAUAUGGAUCACGAAGUUCGCAAGCAAGAUUUCAACGCUAUGCCAUACCACCGUAUUCUGAUCAGCCUGUUCAAUGAGAUUACUGGACCUGAUCCAUUGAAACUUCUUGAACCAAUAGCUUGGAGCAUUUUGGAGGCUUUCGGACAAACUUUCUUUGCUCUCCAACCACGACGAAUGCCUGGAUUCGCUUUCGCUUGGCUCGAUAUUGUCGGACAUAGAAACGUGAUUGGACGUCUUUUGGCAAACACUGGCAUUGCUGAAACCGUCGAUGCUGUGAAAACGGCAGCCACUUACACUCAAUUGAUCAUUUCUCAUUUGAAGUUCUUGGCUCCAUUCCUUCGUAACAUUCAAUUGCCAAAAUCGAUUGCCAUUCUGUACAAGGGAACACUACGUGUUCUGCUGGUCAUACUUCACGAUUUCCCGGAGCUUCUUUGCGAAUUCCACUAUGUAAUUUGCGAUACGAUUCCACCAAAUUGUGUGCAACUUCGCAAUUUGAUAUUAUCAGCGUAUCCACGUCAAAUGCGCCUUCCGGACCCAUUUGCAUUGAACUUCAAACAAGUUGACACAAUUCCAGAGAUGGCAGUGGAACCGAAGUCCAAUUUAAACAUGGCUACAAUCAUACCAGAUAACAUUCGAAUUCCAUUGGAUGAAUAUCUUGCAAAUCGUAUAUCUGUCGAUUUCCUUCCAAACCUGCCGACUCUUUUGCAAACUCAGAAUCAAGCCGGUACCAAAUACAACACUACUGUAAUGAACGCUCUCGUUUUGUACGUCGGAAUCAGAGCUAUUGAGCACUUGCACUUGAGACGUCAACGUAUCUCAACGCUGAACAUAGCUCAUACAUCGUAUAUGGACAUUUUCCAGAAUUUAGCAAUUCAAUUGGAUACCGAAGGACGUUACCUUCUUUUCAACGGAAUCGCCAAUCAACUUCGUUAUCCAAAUGCUCAUACACACUACUUCAGCUGUGUAUUUUUGUAUCUCUUCAAGAACUCUACAAAUGACACAAUUCAAGAGCAGAUCACACGUAUUCUGUUCGAGCGUCUUGUAGCUCUCCGACCUCAUCCAUGGGGACUUCUUAUAACGUUCAUAGAGCUCAUCAAGAAUCCAACAUACAACUUCUGGCGUUAUGAGUUCACCAGUUGUGCACCAGAAAUACAGAGAUUGUUCCAAAAUGUUGCCAACACUUGUGUCCCAGCCCAAGGAUCUCAGCCACAAGCACAACCAGAUGGUGCCCCAGGACCUUUAGGAAACAAUACCGGAGCUGCUAAUCAACAGCAAAACCCAAACACCAACUGAUUUUUCUCAUCUGGUCUUUCGGUUCCCGAUUUUCUGAUCUUUAUUCUCAUCACAUUUUUGUAUUGGAUAGCUUCUUAUGUCGAAAUACGGGCUGUUCUUGAUUUUCUCCUUGUUUUUUCCCUCUUCAUUUUCUGCUCUCCAAAUCAUUCAAACACGGGGCUUCAACACAAACUCAAAUUUUUGAGAUAUAUACUACCCCUUUCGCAAUUUUUGUAGCUUUUUUAAAUUUUUAUGCGUGAUGUUCGAUUAUUAUUUUUGUUUUAUUAAUAUACAUAUGUUCACACUAGAAUCUCUGCCUUUUUUCCUCGUCCCCAAAAUUACCCUUUUCAUGCAAUUUUUAGAUUAGAAUAACGAAAAAACGGCUUGAAGUUAAUGAUGGUUGAAUUUUCAGAAAGGGUGGUGGUCUUUUUCUGUAAAUUCGACGUUUUCUGCCCGCUUUUUCGUUAUUUUAAAGACUUGUACAUCCGAUAGAUCGAUUGCGCCAUUUUCGACGUAUUCCUCCGUGUAUAGAAAUCUUUUUAAAUUGUGUGAAAACAUUUAAAAUCGCGCUAGAUGUCUUUGUCUAUUUAUCGUUCCCAUAACCUUUUUUCAAUUUUGCGUCCUUGUUAUCUGAUAUCAUUACGAUUUGUAGAGGUUUCUCUUUCAUUCCCCUUUUACCAAUUCGCAAUAAAGAACGCGUCAUUUGAUAUACUGAAUUUCCAA